AUGUUCUUGUUCAUCAAAUUCGUUCAAUUCAAAAUCGAACUUGUCGUGUUUGACUGUGCUCAUGGGUUCCACACCACACCAUCAUCACAGUACCGUUGGUACCAAGUGUUCUACCAUAUUGGAGUCUUCCUUUCUCGUUCGUCGAUCAACCUUAUUAAGUUGAACUUCGUAUGCAUUUCGCUCUUGGCCGUCGUCCAGACGGCAACGACUAUUGUGGUAUUCUUCACGGCUAUAUACGCAUAUAUUCCUCACUUCGCCAUCAUCUGUUCGAUAAUGUUCUUCGUUGGCAUUGUGGGCGGAGCCAACUAUGCAAAUACGUUCUACCACAUCCACAGAAAAGUGGAUCCAACAAUCCGCGAAUUCGCUCUGUCCACUGUCACAUUCGCGGACACAAUUGGAAUUCUGGCAGCAGCCCUUACAGCGAUUCCAGUCCACAAUUGGAUCUGUGCCAUGAAAUGGUACGGCUAG